AUUUUUAUCGUGUUUGUGGAGGGAGAUUAUACCGAGGUUCUUUUUCGUCGGAUGUGUUUUGAACUUUGAUUGGGUGAGUUUAUUUCGCGUUUUGUUUCGUUGACGCGUUGAACGCGCUGGUGUUCGCUUUACGCGUAGACUAGUCAGCUCACAUCCUCAUCGAUAUAAAAUCUCCGAUCGAGGAUUAUUGACUUGAUUAUUGUCUGUUUGACUACUACUAGUAUGUGAGACCUUGUCUAUGGUUUGAUCCCAGUAAAGUCCAGUGUUUGUGAGUGUUUCUGCGAUGUGAUGAGAUGUGAAUAUCGUCCACUAGAGAUGUACACAAAAACAAUGGCCCCUAGUGCACAUGUCGGGCUGAUCAGCCAUAUCUAUAGCCUAAACUUUAACACGUUUAUAUGGUGUAUCUUGAUUGUAUUUUUGCGGAUCGCUAUUGUUUUUGUACGGGCUUAUAGUAUUUUAUUCGCUUUAUUUGUAUCUGUCUAACAUUGAAUUAUGUCCGAUUUAACAACCGAGUAAAAUUAGUCCAAAAGUCCAGUUCAAUGAUAACAAUUAUCUACAGAAUUCUACGCCUGUCCAGGUUCAGUUCGUAUUCACAAAUGGAAACAUCAAAGCAUCCUCGUAUGUAUUUGUAACCCGUAGCGGUCCUCAUGUUUCCCCAGACCCAACCCAACACCACCGCCGUCCUCCCAGCCCACACCCUCAACCCUUCAAACCCAACGAGAUGAGGACCGCCGAGGAGUCGGGAACGGUCCUGCACCGCCUGAUCCAGGAGCAGCUCCGCCUGGGGAACCGGGCGGACACGCACACCCUGCUGGCCAUCCAGCAGCAGGCCCUGCGCGGUAGCAGCGGCAGUAGCAACAGCAGCGGCGGCGGCACCGGCACCGGCAGCCCCCGCUCCUCGCUGGAGAGUCUGACGCUGGAGGAGCCCCCCAAAUACGUCCACAUGUCCACGCGUCAGGAGCCCCAGGGCCAGGAGCACCGCGGGGACCUCCUCCUCUCGGAGGGGCCGGCCGGCUGCCAGCACCUGUACCAGCUGCACGGCGAGGAGCUGCCGUCCUACGAGGAGGCGAAGGCUAACUCCCAGCACCGCAGCGCGGGCCAGCAGCCGGGCCCCCAGCCCCCCGCUGGGCCCUACCUGAAGCGAGAGCACGCGCGCUCCCUGAGCGAGAGGCUGAUGCAGCUCUCGCUGGAGAGGAACCACGCUCUCCCCCGGGACGCCCCGGCCCCCCUGAGCUCGUCCAGCAGCUACCCCCAGCUGUCCCGCGGGUCCCCCGGCCCCGGGGCCCGAGGGCCGCGCGCCCCGCCGGAAUACCCCUUCUGCGUCCGGCUCCCAGGGUACAUGCUGAGCAGGUCGGAGGAGCAGGGCCACCAGUACAGAGACCCCCCCCCACCCUUCAACUCCCAGCACAGGUUCGUGUCGUCUCCGCCCCUGCUGUCCCACGGUGCGCACGGGGGGGUCUACCGCCACGCGGCCGGGGGCUCCGGCGGCUCGGACCCCUACUUCGCCGGCGCAGGCGUCGGGAUACCCAGCAUGCCUUGCGGCGGCGGCGUCAACGGCGACGCGGCUCAGAUAGACGCGCUGCUCCGCGAGAACGAGCGACUACCAGAGCUGGAGGUCCACGUGGAGAAGACCGCCCGCCUGCAGAAGUUGGAGCUGGAGAUCCACCAGAUCUCGGAGGCGUACGAUUCGCUGAUGACCGGCUCGGCCAAGAGGGAGGCCCUGGAGAAGACCAUGAGGAACAAGAUGGAGGCCGAGAUCAAACGGCUGCACGUCAACAGGGACCUCCGAGAUCGCCUGGAGACGGCAUCGAGACAGCGUCUGGCGACGGAGGCGGAGUCCAGCGAGCAGAAGCAGCACAUCUUCUCCAAACUCAUCGAGCAGAAUGAGGAGCAGCAAAGGGAACGUGAGCGUGUGGAGCGCCAGGUGCAGCACCUGCGUGCGUCGGGCGAGGAGUGGCUGCGGCGGCGCGAGGCCCUGGAGAAGGCCCUGGCGCUGGCCCAGAGCCGCAGCCUGGCGCUGAUGGAGGAGCUCCAGAAGGAGAGGGCCUACGUGUCCAAGGUGGAGCGUCUGCAGGGCGGCCUGGCCCAGCUGCAGGCCGCCUGGGAGAAGAGGGAGACCCUGGAGCUGCGGCUACGCACCCGCCUGGAGCAGGAGCUGAAGAGCCUCAGAGCCCAGCAGCAGUCCCAGUCCCAGUCCCAGGGCGCGGGCCCGGCGGACCAGCUGCUGAACUGGUCCCGCCUGCAGCAGCAGCUCCGGGAGCGAGAGGAGCGGGUUCUGGCGCUGGAGGCCGACAUCACCAAGUGGGAGCAGAAGUACCUGGAGGAGAGCACCAUGCGGCAGUUCGCCAUGGACGCCGCCGCCACCGCCGCCGCGCAGAGAGACACCACGAUCAUCAACCAGUCUCCAGGCAGCUCUCCCAACAGCAGCUUCAACGACACGCUGCCGUCCUCGACGAGCCCCAGACAGCAGGAGAUGAAAAACCGGAUCCGUGCGCUCCACUCUCAGCUCCUGGAGAAGGACGCUGUGAUCCAGGUCCUCCAGCAGCGCUCCGGUUGGGAGCUGGGUCGCCCGGAGAGGCAGGGUCUCCGUCUGGCCCGGUCCGUCCCGGCCUCCAUCAACGCCGUGGGAAGCGGCGGCGGCGGCGGCGGCGGCGGCGGCGGCAGCCUCGCUGACCUCACCAAGGGAAAGGGGAAGGAUCGGUGGGACGAGCGGGCGUGUGAAGCGACGCUUCACCCCAGAGGCUCAACGGGGACCUCGGUUCUCGGCCAGGACUCCAUUACCCAGAGUUCCUACAUCUCCUCCUCCACCUUCUCCCAGGGAACCGACGCCAUCAGGGACCCCAGCCCGCCCGCUGCUACAGAGGCCCACUCUGCGACUCUCUCAGACCUGAAGGCACCGCUCAAGACCUUCAUGAACCUCAGCUGCCCAGACUCCGACGUGGUGGAGAUCCUCAUCUAGAUCUGGGGAUCAGAUGUCUGCAGCUGGGGUUGGAGGUCUUCCAGGACUCUAGAGAGCCCCCCCCCCCGACGAUGGUGUUCCCCCGUACUCCCCUGAAGCCGGGGAGUUAUGGGCCCUCCGGUCGGUCUUGUGGACCGGACCCCUGGACUACAGCAGGCUACACGGACCGAACCGGCCGUCGUGGAAGACCAGGAACGGAACCCGGAACGGGACACAGUUCAGGGCCGCGGGCCGGGCGUUCGAUGCUUGGCCGGUUCCCACGGUGAUGGGGUUCUAGAAGGUUCCCCGGUGUAGCGGACCGCCUCGCCGCGGGGUAUAGGAAUCGGAGCCAUCUGUUAAUAUAUCUGUCGUGAUUUGUUUUUUCGUAUUUCGUGCCACGCGUUGUUAUUUGAAUGUAUGUUUUUAUUUAUAUUAAGUGCUGCUCGUGACUCGAGUCUUCGCUCUGCCAUUUUUCUUUUUUGAAUGGAAAAACGAGAGACGUCUCACUUCUACCGAGCCCUGCUUCUCUCCCUGCCCCCGUCGGUCUGACCUCACCCCCGACCCGGCCUCGUGCGGCCACGUUUACAUUCAAGGUUACAGGAUUAGGACGACUCCCCUCAACAGGCACAUCAGGCCAUUAUCCCGCGGGUUCGCCCCGUCUAGAAGUUAUUUAAGCUGUUAGCUAUUUAAGCUCCCUGUAGGCAGGGAACAUGCUGUUCUUUAUUUAAGGCGCGGUCUUGAGGACGCAUCUCUUAACGGGGGCUGGAGUUUGUUCGUGGUGCUCUAAUUUUGAAAAUCCUGGGUUAAUGUAAUGGGGCUUGUGAUCGCCAACGGGCCGCAUUCCACCAUGCCCUCCCGACAGGCUACGGCUAAUCUGCUCGCAUUCCUCAGUGAGGGAGCGCGCCCAUUAAAGAAAAAGGGCUAUCUAAAGAGGUGACCCUCACCCCUUGUUAAAAUGGUGCACAUUCUGGGCAUGGCUGCUUCUCCCCCUGCCUCUCUGUUGAGGAAGACUUCAGCGAGACGCCCCGGUCGGUAGCCGGCUACCACCCACAUGUGUCUCCUCCACAUUAUUUAUAAGCAGGGUGGAAACGGCGUGUCUAUCUUGAGCACUCUCCCUACCGCUCCGUCAUCGUCACUGUGUUCUUAAACGAGACGCGAUACCGCUGCUGCUUCUCCCAUCGCAUGGGAACGGGCUGCGACGCCGCGGCUGAGAAUGAGCUCUGGGCGAUCGCCCCUAUUUAAUGUCCCGUGAAUGCUGAAUGUAUGGCCCCUUAUGCGCAGGAACUCCAGCUUAGUAGGGCUCUGUUUUUUUUUUUUGGAGGGGAAUAACAAUCGACCAUCAGCAUGCAGAUAAAGUGUUUCAUCCCUUCAGGCUGUUGCAAAAGAAUUCCACACGAGGAUGAAACUACUCUUGUUUUUUAAAAGUGUUUGUUUUGUUUCAAGUGUAGUACUGUCAGAAUACCCACAGGGACCGCCUGCUCCAUGGGGUGAUGUGCACCACGGUCGCUGGUGUUUCCCUUCCAAACCAGGGUGGUCUUCUGCUCAGUGUUGCUGGGCAACGCUGAAGUAGCUGAUUUCCAUUGGUUCUAAAAACAGCCCCGUGUCGCUAUUUACACUCUGUUUACAUUCAGGGUUGUCCGAAGUGAGAGAUGUUAAUAUAUUGUUGUUUUUUUUAUUUUGUUUUCUAUUUGUGAUGCCAAAGAAAACUUCCUUUUGUCCUUAAAUUAUUCGUGGAAAUUAUACAAAAUCAAGUUAUUAUUUGGUGGCCCUGUAAUGGCUGGAUGGCCCAUUAAGACGUUGCUGUGAACUUUUUGCUAUGGAAUUUUUGUAUAUGCCAUGCCAAUAACAUUUCACUUUUCAUUGAAUAAAAACCCUUAAUAUAUGUUCAUUAA